CCCCGCAAAACCCUAACGAGCGGCGAGCCGCCUCUCUCUCUGAGCAUCAUUCACCCUCGCCCCCCAAUCCCGCCGCGCGCGCCCCCAUCGCGGCCGCCCCCGAGCUCCCACCCCGGAACCUUCUAGAACGCGCGGAUCGCCGGAGCAGCCAGCCAGCCGGCCGGCGCGCGGCCACCGCCGCCACCGACGCGCGCAUGGAGAAGCUCCGCAUCCACCACUGCGGCGGCCGCGCGGUCGCCUGGACGCCCUCCCCCAUCGUCGCCCUCGCCACCUCCCCAUGCGCCUCCCAGGUCGCCGCCGCGCGAGCGCCGCGCCGCGCCGAGGUUUCUGCCAGCGACCCCGGGAUUUCGCCGUGACCUGAUUUUCGGUUUCUGUGGCCGCAGACUAUACAGGGAGGCGCGGAGUCGAGGGUCACAUCGCUUGUGUGGGUGCCGAAUGGCGCAGGGGGCCGUCUGCUCUCUUCCAGCGUUGAUGGGUCGGUGGCUGAAUGGGAUCUCUUCCACCUGCAGCAAAAGACUGUCCUAGAUACUGUUGGGGUACCGGUCUGGCAGAUGGCCAUGGAGCCUACCGAUGAUCAAUUGAUUUCUGGAAAUAAAAGCUCAGGAUGUGCUGCAAAUGGCCAUGCGAAUCAUAAUGGAUCUACCGACUCUGAAUUAAGUUAUGUUGAUGAUGGUCAGAGCUCUGAUGAUGAAGAUGAUUCUGCAAAGACAAGCUCUUCGUAUCGUGUGAAUGAAUUUCCGCGUUUGGCUCUGGCAUGUGACGAUGGUUCUGUACGCUUGUAUAAUGUGCCUGAAUCUGGCCCACUGACCUACUAUAGAUCUCUUCCAAGAGUGAGCGGACGAGUUUUGAGUGUGACAUGGAGUAAUAAUGCCAAAUUCAUAUUUUCGGGAAGUAGCGAUGGAUUAAUCAGAUGCUGGGAUUCAACAAUUUUCCAUGAAAAGUAUCGCAUCACUGCUGGAUUAGGCGGUGCUGGUAGUGGAAGUGAAUUUUGUAUAUGGUCAUUACUAUUUCUAAGGUGCGGAACCCUUGUUAGCGGAGAUAGUUCUGGGAGCGUUCAAUUUUGGGAUAACCGCCAUGGAACUCUUCUGCAAGCCCACACUUACCAUAAAGGCGAUGUUAAUGCACUAGCAACUGUGCCUAGUCAGAACCGGGUAUUUUCUGCAGGAUCUGAUGGGCAGGUAAUUUUGUACAAGGCAUCGAAAGAUGAGUUCAGUGCUCAUAACGAGAAGGUGGCUGAAGAGCAAAUGCACAAGUGGGUCUAUGUGGGAUAUGUCAGGGCCCAUUCUCAUGAUGUAAGGGCAUUGACUAUGGCCGUACCAAUAUGCAAAGAAGAUGCUGUACCAGAGGAAAAGGUGGUAAAGGCUCGCCGCAAGGAUGAAUUCAGUUACCGCAAGUGGGCACAUCUGGGUGUACCGAUGCUCAUUUCUGGUGGGGACGACACCAAGCUGUUUGCUUAUUCUGCACGGGAGUUCACUCUAUAUUCACCACAUAACUUUUGCCCUGCACCUCAACGUCCAUUGAUAAAUCUAGCAAGAGAUUGCACAGUUAAUGGAGACUCUGUGAUGCUUGUCCAGUCUGUUAAUUGCUUGGACGUUCUACUUGUGUCAGUUAAGAACAAACUGACUCCAAGUACAUCGUCCGGGGGAGAUGCUACGAUACGACAAGUUAUUCAUCUUAAAAGCAAGGGGUCUAGAAAAAUAAUAGCAAGUGCUGUCUCUACCAAUGGAAUGCUAUUUGCCUAUUCGGAUUGUGUAAAGCCCUGCCUUUUCGCACUAAGGCACAAGGGCGGAAAGAAGUUCUCUCUAGACAAAAUAGAGUUGCCAAAGGGAAUAUCAUGCUCUCAGAGCAUGAUGUUCACUGAUGAUUCAUCCAGUCUGGUUCUAUCUUGCAAUGAUGGGAAAAUUUAUGUUGUGGAUAUUGCGUCAAGAAAAAUUUCAAAUAUAUUUCGCCCUACAAGUAAGAUAGAUGGAACAAAAACUUCCAAAGAACCACCUGUCACAAAAAUGUUUGUGAGUGCUGAUGGGCAGUGGGUGGCUGCAGCUAACUGCUUUGGGGAUGUCUACAUAUUUAACCUUGAGGUCCAGAGGCAACACUGGUUCAUACCGAGAAUGAAUGGUGGCUCGGUUACAUCUGGUGGCUUUUGUCCCAAGAACAAUGCCCUUGUCAUGACUACCUCUAAAAAUGAGGUAUAUGUAUUUGAUGUGGAAGCCAAAGAACUGGGCGAAUGGUCUAAGCGUCAUACACAGCAAUUACCCACAAGAUUCCAAGACUUUCCUGGAGAGGUCAUUGGCCUCUCAUUUCAUAAAAUGAGCCCAUUUUCAGUCAUGGUAUACAGUGCCAGGGCAAUGUGCGUUAUUGAUUUUGGAUUGCCAGUUGUUCAGGAUGUCCAAUUGUCAACAUCAGAAAAGACAGACUCACAAAAGGCUGCGAAAACAAAGGUUAAGCGGAAACAUCGUGACGAAGAUUUGAAACAAGAGAAAAGGAGCAACUUCACCUUCUUUGCAUUUAAAGAUCCGGUGCUGUUUGCUGGCCACCUACUGGACAGUUCAAUUCUGGUAGUAGAAAAGCAAUGGAUGGAUGUCGUCCAAGGAUUCGGCCCACCGGUCCACAGACACAUAUACGGGACAUGAUCCAUCCAUCCAUAGUAGCGUUUGAACUUGUGGCCCUCGUAACAGGCAGGCAGCCCAUUCUUUUUCGUCACCGCCAUGAAAUGUUUCCAACCCCAAGCAAGUUGUCUGGCAUGACACUCCCAAGAUGUAGCAGCACAUAAUGUCUGCUAUUAUCAUCUGGCGCGAUAGCAGUCUGGGUCAAUUUCUCUUUGGUGGCUUUUGUUUCUUGAGUAGCCUCGUUGUAUUCUUUUUCUUCACUGAAGUAUGUUAGUGGACCCUUCACAGCGCCAGUUUUGUCAUACCGUGUCAAAAUGCGCAAAUUUUGUCAUAUGUAAACAAUGUAUCAUCUACUGUUAUGUCAACAUAUCUCGUUUGUCCAA